ACUAGUAUUAUUAAACCAACACCAAGUAACCUCUUAGUGAGAGAACUAAACAAGAAAUGGAUUGAAUCAUUACACAAAAACAUGAAAAAAUGUCCUAUCAGACCAAUAACAAGGAUCCCAAUUCUUUUGGCUGAUGAAAAGGUUUGCGGCCCUGAACAAUUCGAAGAAGAUGAAAUAACAUCAUACAACAUGUAUGCCUUGGGGGGAAAUCACCUCCUGGCAGCAAUGAAAAGGGUGUUGGCCGAAUUUCCUCUAAAUGAUGACUACAAUUGUUUCCGCAACAUAGACGUAGAAAUCUACGUUGGACUUACAGAGGUUGAAGGGAAAUUUGUGGCCAACACACACAACAGAAUUUGUAAAACAAAAGAGUUUACAUUUCAGGAAAGAGUGAUGUGCUGCCGGGAGGUUUUCACUAAAUUCAGUGAAGAGAGUGAUAGUGAUUGGCGUGACAUUGCGGCAACCUCGCUUGGAAUUUUAUGCUCAAAGGUGGGUGUCCAUGCAAAUAUAAGAUAUUUAAAAACAGGGCUCUCAUCAGCAUUUUGGACGGGGUCCAGGCACGGGGUGGGGGAAGGUUUGGGAAUUGGGAUGGGGUGAGAAUUUCCCAUGAUUUUCAAAUACUUUUUCAUUCAAUGGGAAAUUUUAAUAGAACAGAUGAACAGACAUAUGGAGCAUAUUUCUAUAUCCCCCUAUUUUCUUCGAAAAGGCGGGGGACAACAAGAUUCAGUUAAAUGUAUUGUUUGGUGCUCUGUUGAUGCCUAUAUUUUCAAGAAAAUAUUUCAUUGGGGAAUUGAAUGAAUGAUCUGUUCAUCUUACGCAGUAUGCCAUGAAGAAGAGUUAGUAACAUAAUACACCUCUUUGUAUACGUUCAUGUUAUUGUUUAGAUUUUAAUAGAAUUACAAACUUUUAACAUUUACAGUUUAAAAAUUUUUCUUUUGUAUAUAAAUGGUUUGUAAUUAUCACUAAAACUUUCAUUUAAACAUUAUUUAUCUAAUGUUUGUGACUGCCUUUUCUAAAGAAGUAAAAAUCAAUUGAUUUCUAUGAGACUUUCUGUGUACUUAUUAUUUGCACGACUUAUCCUGAUAUUGGUAAUUUUACAUGUAUUAAUUAAAUUACAUGAAAUACAGAGGAGGAACCUCCAUCACGAGUUGAGCGUUGCUGCAUACUCAGAUGAAAAUUUCAAAAUAGUGCAGGAAAUUUUCAGCAUAUAUACAACGAAAAGCGGAGGAAGUUUCCCGCAGAAUUUAUUCAGAAGUUUAGAGGGAAUGGCAGACAAGGACAAAACACCAUUUUUGAUUGGUGCAGUAGGGACUAAUGGACUUAAGCAGGCAAAGAUUGCAACAAUAAAAAAGAGACAGCGAGUUUUACAUCAAUUAUUGGCGCAGGAAGCAGGGAUUACAAUAGAGGAGGUAUACAAUUUAUAUGAGGAGGAGUGUGCAAAACUUAAUGAAUAUGCAGAUGAGAACAUAUCAAUGGGAAAAGUGCCGAACAGAAUUUUUUUAAUGAUCAAAGACAUCAUUGCUAACAAGACAAUAGAGGAUAUACAGAUUGAUGUAAGAGUAACCAUCAACGGAAAAGAAGUCAAUAACAGUAAAAUCGAAAAAAUAAUCACAAGCACAAAGGAGAAAAUAAGAAUUACUAUGAAAAAAGAAACUUUAUCGGAAGAAUAAAAAAUAUGAAUAUGUAUUUUGAAAGAAAUUCCCUUAAAUUUUGUGUAUUGGCGAUCAGGAUAUAAAACUUCCAUUUUUUUAAAAAAUUAAAUUUUUUUUUACAUC